UUCCAGCAAUCCAAACAACCCUCAUAAGAAAAUUUGCCAACGGCUUCUCUCUUAGGUUCGUUUCAAACAAGCCAUUAUCAUCAACAACUCCUGAUACUUCACUAGCUUCUUCUUUGGUGAAUUCCACUAAGAUCAAAGUAGGCCAGGCAAUUCAGAAACAUUGUCAUCUUGUACGGGCAGUUGAUGUUGAUGUAAGGUUGUGUUUUAGAGGUGGAGAAAUGGGGAAAGGCCCAAGGAUUAGAAAGGUACCCUUCAAAUUAUGAAUUCAAUUUUAGAUUUUUUGUGAUUUUGGGUUACUUUGUUUACUAAAAGUCAUGGGGUGGUGAGGGCAGAGGAAGAUGCUGAGAAAUCUAAGCAAGUAUUGAUUUGGUGUCGUCAACUAUUCAACAAGUUGAGGAAGAUUAAGGACAAGGAGUCCGAUCAUGGUAGACACAUGAAAGGAUUUAAUAAGUUGAAGGUUAGGGAGCCAAUGUCACAAGUGGUGGAGAAUGAUGCAGAUACAGUUUCACAGCGAAAAGAUGACGACAAUCUUGAUGAGGCUGUUCACACAAAGUACUUUGACAUGCCACCUCUGACUGUCGAUGAAGCAAUUGUGCGGCUGGGAAAUGUGGAUCAUGCCUUCUACGGUUUCGGGCAUGCUGAAGGGGAAAGAUACAGAAUUUGAGAUCAAGUGAACUCAAACUAAUGAGAUGUAUUAACAUGCUUGUAUGAGUUCUUAGUUUAUGGAAAAUCAGAGCCACUAUUAUGUUGGCGUCCAAACUUACCCGGAUGAGAAAAUAGAAUUUUGGAAUCACUAUUCAGUUUAUAUUAGAUCGAAACUUCUGUUCAUGUGGUGUCUAGUAUUGACCCGUUCCCAUGUCCCUUGGAUUUUCGCUGUGUUUUCUGUUUAGAAAUUCAGCUGUUUUUCCUCUUAUGAUGUCAUUCUUUUUUCCUGCUUUCUCCCCUCAUAUGAUAUCAUGUUCUGCUUAUUCUGUCAUGUUAGGUUUUUCAAAUUUCUUGCAACUUCUCUUGUUGAUUGACAGCUUCCAUCCGCGCUCUAUUCAAUGAAUUUGAGCUAUGUUGGUCAUUUUUGCUUAUCCAGAUAGUUCAAUUCUGCUAUUCAAGCGAUAGGUUCUGCAAUCUCAGUCCCUUUUUUGGUUGGACUUCUUAAUAUGUGUCCAACUGGGCCAGUCAGUCUUCCCAACUGUAUUUACUUGGGUUGAAGACCAGUACAGGAGGUCUUAUGGCUAUGGUUGUGUCGACAAGAGGUUCAACAAUGGACAAACACCACUGGGGCAGGGUGUUUCAGUCUCGGGACUGCCAUGAACUGAAGAUUCACAUCUAGAAUUGAAGGCUCUAACAGUGGGUUGGAUUCACAAGAAUGGUAUGCUGAGGAGAGGGCAGGGUAUAUGGCACAAGGGUUAUCUAGAAAAAUCUGCUAUAACCUUGUAACUCAGCAUUUCUAGGUAUAGACAAAAAGAAAGAGAAUAGCUAAGAGAGUUUAGAAAAAAACACUUAAUAAAAAUAUAUUUUUAUCUCAA